UACAUUCUCUUUUGUAGAAUCUAAAAAUUCUUUCUGAUUCGCUACAAAGAAUCUUAGUGUUUUGGAGUAGCCAAUUGAAGGAAGGUUAGAGUGAGAAACUUGAAGAAAUUGUAUGUUUAAUUUCAAGCGGUAGUGCCACCUAUGCACCAAAAGUUCAUUGUAAUUGUGCUUUGCUGUCGAGUAAAAGAAACGUUAUUCAAUUGCAAUUUGUGAUUUAUCGUUCCGACUGUAAUUUAAAAUGGUCUCCUUGAAUCCUGUUAGGAUCCUGAAAAAUGAAGCAGAGGAAGAGAAGGCAGAAAUUGCCAGGUUAAGUUUAUUUGUAGGAGCAAUAGCUAUUGGUGACUUAGUAAAAUCUACGCUUGGCCCAAAGGGUAUGGAUAAAGUAUUGGUAGCUCAUGGUCGAUCCGCUGGACAAGUUCAAGUCACCAAUGAUGGAGCAACUAUUCUUAAAAGUGUUGGUGUAGAUAAUCCUGCAGCCAAAAUUUUAGUAGAUAUGUCACGUGUGCAAGAUGAUGAAGUUGGUGAUGGCACUACAUCUGUAACUGUUUUUGCUGCUGAGUUAUUAAGAGAAGCAGAGAAAUUAAUUGAUCAAAAAAUUCAUCCACAAACCAUAAUUGCUGGUUGGAGAAAUGCAACUAAUGUAGCUCGGGAAGCUUUAAAAAAUGCUGCAGCUGACAAUUCAGCAGAUCCUGAACGUUUCUGUGAAGAUCUAUCUAACAUUGCUCGUACAACCUUGAGCUCAAAAAUUUUAGCGCAGCAUAAAGAACACUUCAGUACCCUUGCAGUGGAUGCUGUUUUACGUCUUAAAGGAUCAGGGAAUUUAUCAGCUAUUCAAAUAAUCAAGAAACGUGGAGGAACUUUAUCUGAUUCUUACCUUGAUGAUGGAUUCUUACUGGAUAAGAAACCUGGAGUACAUCAACCACAAAGAAUAACUGAUGCACGUAUUCUUAUAGCUAACACUCCCAUGGAUACAGAUAAAAUCAAAGUAUUUGGAUCGAGAGUAAGAGUUGAUUCAAUGGCAAAAAUCGCAGAAUUAGAAGCAGCGGAAAAAGAAAAAAUGAAGGAUAAAGUUGACAAAAUCAUAAAACAUGGCUGCAACGUUUUUGUCAAUAGACAGUUAAUUUAUAAUUAUCCUGAGCAAUUGUUUGCUGAUGCUAAUAUUAUGGCUAUUGAGCAUGCUGACUUUGAUGGUAUUGAAAGACUCGCGCUUGUUACUGGUGGAGAAAUAGUCAGUACGUUUGAUAAUCCUGAUAUGGUGAAACUUGGAAAAUGUGAUCUCAUUGAACAGGUUAUGGUAGGUGAAGACACUUUGCUUAAAUUUUCCGGAGUUCCGUUGGGAGAGGCUUGUACGGUAAUAAUUAGAGGCGCUACUCAACAAAUUCUUGAUGAAGCAGAAAGAUCUCUGCACGAUGCUCUUUGUGUACUGUCGGCUACUGUACGCGAAUCGAGAAUUGUUUAUGGCGGAGGAUGCAGUGAGAUGAUAAUGGCUUGUGCUGUAAUGAGAGCAGCUGCUGCCACUCCUGGAAAAGAAGCAGUUGCAAUGGAAUCAUUUGCUCGAGCCUUGCAACAAUUACCUACUGUCAUUGCAGACAAUGCUGGUUAUGAUUCAGCUCAAUUAGUUAGCGAACUGAGAGCUGCGCAUAAUUCUGGUGCAAAUACAAUGGGUCUCGAUAUGGAACAAGGAAAAAUCAGUUGCAUGAAAAAAUUGGGAAUAACGGAAUCUUGGGCUGUGAAGAGACAAGUUUUGCUUAGUGCAGCUGAAGCGGCAGAAAUGAUUUUGCGUGUAGAUGAUAUCCUACGGGCGGCACCUAGGAAACGUGUUAGGGAUCGUGGUCGUUGUUAAUUACACAAUCAGAUCAUUUAUUGCUCUAAUCUUUUUGCACUGCUUUUCCAUUAUGUGAAUUAUAAUCAGAUUAUAAACUUAGCUUCGAGUAUUCAUUUUGUUAAUAAUAUUAAUUGCAAAUUGUUAAUUAGUGUGAAUACGCUAAUUUUCUUCUAUUGCUGUAACAUGUACCGUGAUUUUUACAUAAAAAAUAUUUAAUUUAAUACGAAAAGAUGUAAGGGAUUUAUAAAAUAACCAAAAUGAUUUAUGAUCAUCAUUUUUUAUAACAAAACAACAAAUCUACAAUAAAUGCUUAAUAUUUGAACCUA